ACCUCUCUGCCAUAACCCAGACCUCUUUUGUUUUGGGGGAAGGUGGCCUGGGUUACAUUCUUCUGACAUUUUACUUGGAGAGAGGAAAAGUAAAGAAAAAGGCAUCGGCUGAACAAGUCGAACCACUCACUGGAAGAGGUUUUGCAGAUAAGAAAAAACUGAAGGACUUCCCAUAGGCGUGAGGGAAAUUGCAUACGCCAUCCGGAGAAGGGGGCCAGGAAAUGGCUUCUUGUUUUCCAGACAGCUCCUAAGCUCUCUUCAAUGGCACUGUGAAAGUUGGAGGGCUUGGCUGCACAACCAGGGGAGGCACCCACUUUGAAACUGGUUUUUUGCUGGAGGAGUUUUUUGCCACUAAAAGUUGAAGCCAUGAUCCCUACAAGGUAUUCCUGUUGUCAGUGAUUUCCUCUGAAGAGGAAGCAAAGCAAAUGACAUCUUAGCUGAAAACAGGAUUUUUACCAGUGAAGAUUAAGAUACCCAUUGGUUCCAGUGACAGCAUUGGACAGGCCAUACAACAAACCUGAAGACAUGAAUUCCCCAGGGAGAACAAUUUUCUGUUUUGUGUUCCUCAUUGUGACUUACUCCUCUCAAGCUACACUGAACUUGAAUAUUGAGUCCAUUGUCCAUUCUUCGAUCCACCAAAACCAUGGACAAGAAUGCAAAAACUCCAGGGAAGAAGAGUCACUUAGACACAAGCGAGCUGUGGCCACAAGCAGUCCUGAACCUGAAGAAUAUUAUAUUGAGAUUGAAAUAAGUUUUGAAAACACAUCCCUCCUGGAGCCUUUCAAAGCUUACUUAAAAAAUCUCAGCUUUCCAAUCCAAGUGAUAAAUGCCAACCUAAGUACUGACAUUUUAAGCAUGAAAGUUACAACAGUAUGCAGGCCCAAUGGAAAUGAGACUUUUUGUUCUUGUGAAAGUGGAUAUAAGUGGCUCCCAGAAGUGUGCCUUAGUAACCUCACUUGUCAAAGCAACCACAGCUCAGCCCCAGAAGACUGUAGCUGCCUCAAGGAAAUGCCUGCCAAGGGACCCUAUUGUCAGAAAGUAAAAGAUAUUACGCUGAAGAUGUCAGUUAGACUCAAGAUGGAGUUUCAGGAUGAACUCAAGAACUCCUCUUCUGCCCUGUAUAGGUCAUACAAAAUGGAUUUCGAAAGCGCGUUCAGGAAAGGCUACAGUAUUUUACCAGGCUUCAAAUCAGUGGUGAUUACAGGCUUCAGGCAAGGAAGUAUUGUUGUUUCCUACAAUGUCCAGACAGCCAAACCUGCACCAAGAGAACUGAAUGAAGCAAAUGAACUAGUUAAGACACAUGUCAAUGCAACUUAUAGAAUGGAUGCCCUCUCCUUUGAAGCAGCUCUUGAUAAUGAAACAAAGUUCUCCAUUGUCCCAGAAAUCAUUUAUGAAGGGGACACAGUGAUGAUGAAGUGUGAAAAUGAAGUCCGAUCAACAAACGUAACCUGGCGCUAUGGUGAAAGGGACAGAGACAUUCAGGACAUUCAGAACAGCAGUAGAUUCAUCAUUCGUACUUACCUGAGCCCUCAAGCUUCAAUAUCAAUACUCACUAUUCAGAAUAUUACUCUGAGUGAUGCUGGUAAUUAUGUUUGUACUCUAACGUAUGACAUUUUUGAAUAUGAGGGUCAGAAAAAGAUCCAUGUGAUUGCCACAGAAAUUGAAGCAUCAGAAGACCUGAAGGUGAUGUGUGACAACAAUCCUGUAUCUUUGAGUUGUUGCACUGAGAAAGAUCUUAAUUCGAGUAAUAUUGAAUGGAAUCAGGAGGGACUAAUAAGCAUUCCUGGAAUCAGCUCCACAGAUUCUAGGUGCAGUAAAUAUACCAUCAAGGCUGACGGAACUCAAUGUCUAAGUGGAUCAGCUGGAACAGAGGUAUUUUACAUAUGCAAAUUCCGCAGUGGCUACGGAGCCAAUAGCAGCAGGAAGAUAAAAGUCACAUUUACAUCUGUGGCUAAUCUGACAGUAACCCCAGAACCGAUCGUUAUUUCUGAAGGACAGAAUUUCUCCAUAAAAUGCAUCAGCGAUGUGAGUAGCUAUGACUCGGUAUUCUGGAACACUUCAGCUGGAACCAAAAUAGACCCAAAGUAUUAUGUCACCAAGAGAUAUCCUGAUAGAGCUGAAUCAGUGCUUACUGUACAGACUGCAACAAAAGCUUGGAAUGGAGUUUAUCACUGCAUAUUUAGAUAUAAGAGCUCAUACAGCAUAGCCACAAAGAACAUUACCGUUUACCCGUUGCCCCUGAAACACGACAUCCUGCUUGAUCCUUUGGAAGCUGACAUUCCCUGUGGAGGCAUCUGUCACUUACAGUGCUGUGUAAAUGAGGCUGUAAACUACAGAGUUACUUUCCAAAUUGAUGGCUUGUCCUUUCCUGCUGUAAAAGAAGCUCAAGGAAAUAGAGUCUGCUAUGAAUACAGUUUAAUUGCAAACACAACUGCCUGGUGUUCCAAAACAGUUCAGGCAUCUUGUAUCUUCAUUAACUCAUUCAAUGAAUCAGUCCAGAGUGAACCACUGACACUUCGCCUGGUUUCCGAAAAGAACAUCACCUGCCAAGAUCCCAUCAUAGGCAAUGGUGAGCCAGGGAAGAUGAUUCAGAAAUUGUGCCAGUUUUCAGCCGUUCCUAACAAGUCCAACCAUCAAGUGGGUGGGACCAUCACUUAUAUAUGCGAAGGUUCCACAUGGAAAGUAAAGAGCAACAACUGCAUUGCUGCACCAAUCAAUAAUCUGCUUGGCCGGACAAAGGCUUUACUUUUGGGCCCUGAGCAAGAAGAGAAGCUCUCAACUUACCUUGAGGAUCUAUCCAGUAGUACCCGGCAGGUGCAAAAUGAGAUCAAAUCAUCCCCUGAAAACCUGAAGGCCAUUAUUACCAUCCUAGAACUACUGUCAACAGUCCCAGCUGAAGUGAAUACAGAUAUGAUGAUAGAUGUGCUCUCUACAGUCAAUAUCAUUCUUAGUAAACCCAUACUGAGUACCUGGCAAGUUCUGCAUCAGCAACAGGCCAAUGAAAGCUCUCGAUUAUUGGAUUCUGUGGAGAGAUUCUCCAGAAUGCUGCAAGAGAGAAUCAGUGAUAUCCCUUCUGUCACUCAACCCAAUGUGCAAAUGAGGGGCCUCAUGAUUAUGACUGGACAUGUGACAGACUACGACCAGCACUUUCUCUUUCCCAAUUCCAAUCUCUGGGGCCAGGUAAUCAUCGACAGGCAUCAGAUAGAAAGCCUGAAGCCAAAUUCAUCCAUUGUCACAGUGGCAUACCCAACACUAAAAGCUAUCCUGCCCCAGAGUGUCCAGGACAGGAACUUUGUGAAUGGCUUGGUGAUGACAACCACCGUGAGCCAUGGUGUAACAACACCAUUCAAGAUUUCAAUGAAGUUUAAGAAAAAUGACUUGUCAUUGGUGGCACCCCAAUGUGUCUUCUGGAACUAUAGCCUCUCCAACUAUACAGGGGGAUGGGACAAAAGUGGGUGCUAUGUUGAACAAAUAAAAGAGGACAGUGUCUUCUGCACCUGUAAUCACUUAACAUCAUUUUCCAUUCUCAUGUCCCCCGAUUCUCCUGACCCCAGCUCCCUCCUAAAAAUACUGCUGGAUAUAAUUUCUUAUAUUGGUCUAGGUUUUUCCAUCUUGAGUCUAGCAGCCUGUCUCGUUGUUGAAGCUUUUGUCUGGAAAUCAGUGACCAAAAACCGGACCUCUUAUAUGCGCCAUGUUUGUAUUGUGAACAUUGCAGCUUCUCUCCUGAUUGCUGACUCUUGGUUCAUUGUAUCUGCUGCCAUUCAUGACCAGCGCUACCUAUUCAGUGAAACAGCUUGUGUGGCUGCCACCUUCUUCAUCCACUUCUUUUACCUCAGUGUCUUCUUCUGGAUGCUGACCCUGGGCCUCAUGCUUUUCUACCGCUUGGUCUUUAUCCUACAUGACACGAGCAAGUCUAUCCAGAAGGCAAUUGCCUUCUCCCUGGGCUAUGGCUGUCCACUGGUAAUCUCUGUCAUCACAGUGGGGGUCACCCAGCCAAAGGAUGUGUACAUGAGGAAAAAUGCCUGCUGGCUCAACUGGGAUGAUACCAAGGCCCUCCUGGCUUUUGUGAUUCCUGCGUUGAUCAUUGUAGUGAUAAAUGUGACCAUAACAUUCGUGGUCAUCACCAAAAUCCUGAGGCCCUCCAUUGGGGACAAGCCAAGCAUUCAGGAGAAGAACAGUUUGUUUCAGAUCAGCAAGAGUAUUGGUGUCCUCACUCCCCUCCUAGGACUCACCUGGGGGUUUGGACUGGCCACUGUGUUCCAGGGAAGCAGUGCUGUGUUCCACAUUGUAUUUACCCUACUUAAUGCCUUCCAAGGAUUGUUCAUUUUGUUGUUUGGAUGCCUCUGGGACAAGAAGGUACAGGAAGCUCUGCUGCAUAAAUUCUCCCUCUCCAGAUGGUCUUCACAGCACACAAAGUCGACAUCUCUGGCUUCAUCCACUCCUGUAUUUUCCAUGAGUUCUCCAAUAUCGAGAAGAUUUAACAAUUUGUUUGGUAAAACAGGAACAUACAAUGUAUCGACCCCAGAAACAACCAGCUCAUCCGUGGAAAACUCAUCCAGUGCUUAUUCUUUGCUUAACUGAAAAUAGAAAACCAAAUUUACGCGUCUUCUGGGAACAGUGGACUUUACCACUCCUUGACAAGAUCCAGAAAGGGAGACACCUGCAAAAUAGGCAUCUGUGAGGCAUCCUCUCCCUCAAGGCCUUAUAGCACAGACUUUUGCACUAGGGAAGAGGCCACACUAAAUUGUGUAGAGACUUUGACUGCAAGUUGUUUUAUUGUUUACUUUUGACUUUUGUUCUUCUUUGGAAUGAUUCCCAAUGUGUACAGUAUUUAAAUGAUUGCAUAUGGUCCCCCAAACCGAGUUUCUUCUCUGGCUUGAAUGUGAAUUAAGGUCUUGCAGAGACAUUGUCAUGGUUCCCAAUUUGGACGCAAUGCUGUUUUUCUUUAAAUAAUAGGGUCUAAAGGGUUAACACACAAAAAUUUGUCACCUUAAUUUUUUUUUGUUUUUUAAUCAAAGAGGACCUUAUAUUCCAGUGAUAAUUGUCCAAGGUGGGCUAUUCAUACACUGCAAACAGUGGAGAUACCGGAAGAAUAGAAGCUGAAAAAUGAAAGGGAGACUCAGUUAAAGCUAUUCCAAAUCAGUUGCUGGUGCAGCCUGAGCAAAGCACAGAAAAAUGGCGAGGAAGCAGGAAAGGUAGAAGGGAAAUGACAUUGCAAAAGAUCAUUUCAUUUGGAAUAUCUAAUUUCCCAGAAAAGGAGGAGAAAUGUAUGACUCCCCUAAUAGCCUUUUCCUUGUGUUUUGAGGUUUUAGCUAUGAAGAGAAAGAGGCAGGGGGAAUUAGGAGAGUAUUCCUUUGCAGACCCAAGCACAGAACUAUAACUAAGGCAUGGUGACUGGAGCUUUGUCCCAGGGUGAGAAAUUUAGAGAAUUCCUAAUGCAUCAUCUCAUGGCAGGUUUUCCUACCCAUUCCCUUCCUGACCCCACUCCCAAGGUUAUAGUUUCUUGUCUUUCCUCCCAUUUCAGCAGCUUAGAAAUCUUGUAACUUCCUUUCCUCAGGAGCUGUACACCAGGUGAGCAUACCCCCUUCCCAUUUGUCCCAGGUACAGAAAUGACUAAUUAUAGCUUAGCCCAAGAAAAAACUAAUUAUUGGUCAAAUUAAGUAAAGCUUGUAAGACAAGUCAGGUUGUUAAGUUUGCUCAUUGAGACCUUUCUUUGAAAUGUUUCCCCGUGAUCUGGAAUCUUCUGAUUUCUAAAUUAUAUCUAUUGCACUGGAAAUAAAUUCAUAUUCUGAUUAUUUAAGAGCUUUAGCCAGGUACUUCUCUGUGCAUUAUAUAAUAGGUUUUCAUAGUGUUAUUGCUCUUUAGAUGAUGAUGAUGACGAAUGAUAUAGGUGACAGUUUCUCUUGGUAUAUCCCACAGCAGUGCAUUCUCUACCCUAGACCUCUCAUCAUUCAUAGACCCGUUUGCAUUAAGGUGUUUCAUGUUGCUUAAGCUAAUUAACUUCAACCCCUAAGAAAAUCUUCCACAGGAGUUUUAUUUUAUAUCUGGCUUCUCUAUGCUCCUAAUGACACUUCUGUUUGGUGGAUGGAGCCUUUCCCGAGGUUUGGGAAAUAUUUCCCCCACCCUGUAUAGACCCCAUUUUAAUGAUUAUCAUCAUCCAUAAAUAUUUAUUGAGACACUUGCCUUUUUGCCAGGCACAGUGCCUAUAUAGAAUACAUAAGGGUCCUACCCUUACCCUCUAAGAAGACUAGACAGAUAAGUAUAGAUUUUCUUUUAAUAUUUCAGUUUUCUUUCAUUUUCUUAUUUAAUCUUGGCCUUUCCUUUUAUUUUCUCCCCCUUUAUUUCUAUAUUUUCUCACAAGGUCUGGAGAUGGAACAGGGAGGGCUGCCAAAUUAUGCUUAGCGUUUGGUGAACUCCUUAUUUUUAUCCAAUCACAAAAAUGCAGAAAUUUACCCUCAAGUGCAUCUAAAAGUUGCAUAAUAGAUGGUCCAACUGAAGAUUCCAUGGCAAAGAAUGCAUUUAACAACCAUGGCUUUGGAGUCGGAGAACCUUAGCUAAAAUCUCAACUCUGACACUACUUAUGUGACUUGGAGCACCCAGAGCUCUGUUUCCUCAUCGGGAAAAUGAGAGAAUAAGAUUUGAUGGUCUUUAAGGUUCCAUCAAGUUCUAAAUCUGCGAUCCUACUGUGUGAUCCUAUAAUAAAUGAAAGCAGCCUAAGAGGUCCAGAUAGCCUGAACUUCCAGGGAAGUUUUCAUUGUCAUAUACUUAGAGUUAGAUGGUACCUUGUGAAUCACCUAAGUUAGCCUCUUUGUUUUAAAUAUUAAAAAAGGAGGCCUCGAAGAAGAGGUUCGAUGAUGUGCCCAAGAUCACACAGAUAGUAUUUCUGUGCUCCAAGGCUGAGAAGCUUUUUGGAUGACUCUAGAACAAAGGAUGCCUAACAAGGAGUGAAGUGGUAGGUUAUUUUGCUCUGGAAACAUGAAAAGAACUCAGAUGAUGCCUUCAACUAGAAAAAAGAGGAGCAGAAAAGAUUCCCAGAAAAAAAUUAGCUUAAAUUCAGGGAAGGAAGCUGGCAAGUGAGGAAGACUGAACCAGGGUAGAUGGUGAUUCUCACAUGUGGAUUUUUUUUUUUUUUUUGGUGAGGCAAUUGGGGUUAAGUGACUUGCGCAGGGUCACACAGCUAGUAAGUGUGAAGUGUCUGAGGCCAGAUUUAAACUCAGGUCUUCCUGAAUCCGGGGCUGGUGCUCUAUUUACUACACCACCUAGCUGCCCAUUCGCAUCUGGAUUUUUAAUGGAAAGAGAAGGGAAUCCCUAGAUCUACAUCCUGCUGUUAAUUUUGUAUACUCUGCUUCCACCAGCUUCAAUGGAAACCCUAAAGAGAUUAUUGUGCCUCACAGUGUGAACAAGACUUGUGGAAUUUCAGGAAAUUUCAAUAGGAUUACAUAGGAUACGAUACUGGCACCAUGCCCAGACUCCUGAAUGGAAGCACGUUCUCUGACUUCUACAUGACAAAAUGCAUACACACACAUAUGCAAACACACACACACACAUGCACUCCUUCAAUGCACUCAAAAGUCACUCCUAAAUUAGAUCAAGAAAUGCAGUUCCAGAUUCCCCAGGGUAA